AUGAUCAGUGCCCUGCAGUACCUCCCACCAAAGUCACCCAGCAGUGCCCAGCAGUGCCUUCCACCAGUGCCUCCUGUCAGUGCCCAGCAGUGCCACCCAUCAGUGCUUCCCAGCAGUUGUGCCCAUAAGUGCCGGCCAUCAGUGCCCAUCAGUGCUGUCAGUCAGUGCCGUCAGUCAGCGCCGGCCAUCAGUGUCACCUAUCAGUGCCACCUAUCAGUGACCAUCAUUGCUGCAUAUCAGUGCAGCAUCAUCAGUGCCUCCUCAUCAAUGCCUACCAGUGCAGCCUCAUCAGUGCCACCUCAUGAGUGCACCCUUUAAGUGCCCAUCAGUGCUGCCUGUCCAUGCCACCUUGUCAGUGCCCAUCAGUGCUGCCUAUCAGUG